AUGGAUAUCGCUGUUGUGCUCAAGUUCUAUGCGGGAUCGGACCAUCGUCUCCUCCUAGCAAGAUUUUCUUUCGAAGAAGAGAAAGCCGUGAAGUUCAGUGUGCAAAGUCCGCGGACUAUCGUUAACUGGGAUCUCUUUGCUACAUUAACCAGCUUUUGGGAAGAUUCCACAGUUGACGAAAUGGACGAGAAAUACGAUCAGCUCGUUGAACACCUUCACAACUGCAUGAGGAGGCCCAAAACUUCUAAAACCACCAAGAAACGCCUGCCUCCAGAAACUCCUGAGCUAAUACGCCGGGGAGAGCUCACAACCAAGCAAUUAUGUUUCCUGUAA